AUGGGCCAGGAUGAUGUCGUUUUGCGUAACGCACCUAACCUACCGAAGAACCCGACGUUCAAGCGAUCCACGAAAGAUGAGCGUCGUGAAUUCAUGGCCGCGUACAGCUUGUACAUCAGCCAGACGAACGCUCUGACUGCGAUGGUGUUCGGCGCUUUAUCAUGCCUGUGGGAGCGUGACCUUGAUGACGUAUCUGAGUCUGCGUGGUUCAAGCAAGGUUACGUCGUGGACCCACGUGCGUUGGAGACGCUGAAGAAACGCAUCAAGACCACAGUGGUGUUUGACAUGUCCAUCCCGGACGCGGACUCCCGUAUUGGUCGGAUGCUGGAUGGUCUGGCUACUACUAUCCUCCGGGAUCGCCCAGAAUAG